AUGCAAAUUUGGGGAAAUUGGUGGUGAAGGACGCUGCGAUAGUUAGCGAGCCUGCGUUCAAACCAAGUGGAGGGGCAACAUAGAGAAAAGAAUGUCGCUGAUGAGAAAAAGGCUAACUUGCUGCACAGUAAAGGAAGCCAAAAUUAGCAUUGAUUUUGACGAGCAACAUAGGGUUAUGACAUUUAAUGGCCUCGAGAGUUGCAUGCAUGAUAAUCAAUCUUAUGAAGAUGAUAGCAGAACUAGUAGAGGAGAUGGGUGUAUAACUGAUUCAUUUAAUGAUGAUGACUCUAGCUUUUCAUCCAGUAAAGAUGCUUUUGGAUCAUUUUCUUCAAAAUGUUUGACUAUGAAAAGAGAUGAGCAUGGAUUGGAAGAGUGGGAACUCUCAGAAACUCCGCAACAUUUUUAUGUUAAAGAGAAGUCUGCGUAUGACAUACAAUAUUCAGAUGUAGAAGCCAUGAAAGAAAAGUUUGCAAAGCUGUUGCUAGGUGAUGACGUUACAGGAGGAACUAAAGGCCUCAAUACAGCUUUAGCGCUGUCUAAUGCCAUCACAAAUCUAGCAGUGACAGUUUUUGGUGAGUUGUGGAAAUUGGAACCGCUAUCUGAAGAAAGGAAGAGCAAAUGGCGACGAGAAAUGGACUGGUUACUGUCUCCUACCAACUAUAUGGUUGAGUUAGUUCCUGCAAAGCAAAACGGUGCAAAUGGUGGGAUAUUUGAGAUAAUGACCCCAAAAGCUCGUAGAGACGUCCAAAUGAAUCUUCCAGCACUUGAGAAGUUGGACACUAUGCUUAUUGAAACACUAGACUCAAUGGUGCAUACUGAGUUUUGGUAUGCAGAGGAAGGAAGCCGGUCAGAGAGGAGGAACAUAAGUGGAAGACAAAGCAAAAGAUGGUGGCUUCCUUCGCCACAAGUACCAAGAACCGGGCUUUCUGACACUGAAAGGAAGAGGCUGCUUCAUCAGGGAAGGGUAGUACAUCAAGUAUUCAAGGCUGCCAGAUCUAUCAAUGAUACUAUGUUGCUUGAAAUGCCCGUGCCAAUAAUAAUUAAGGACGCACUUCUGAAGUCUGGAAAGACAAGCCUUGGAGAGGAACUACACAAGGUCUUAAUGGCUGAAUCGAGUUCUGGAGAAGAAAUGCUUGAAGCUCUCAAUUUGAAAUCUGAACAUAGUGCCCUAGAGAUUAUUAAUAGAUUGGAAGCUGCUACAUUUUCAUGGAAAGAGAGAAUUGUGCAAGAAAAUAGUAACAAAUCCCCUGUUCGAACCUCAUGGUCUUUCAUGAAGGACCCUAUGUCAGGCAUGGAUAAGAUGGAACUAUGUUUGGACCGUGCAGACACACUUAUAAAGCUACUUAAAACCAGAUAUCCAAACCUUCCUCAAACAUUUCUAGAUGCUGCGAAGGUUCAAUAUGGCAAGGAUAUUGGGCACUCCAUUUUGGAAGCAUACUCCAGAGUUCUUGGAAGUUUAGCCUUCAGCAUACUGUCUAGAAUAGGAGAUAUAUUGCAGGAGGAUGCUUUAAGCAAUCCCAACUCACCUAUUUCAACAAGUUGCUCUCCUGGGAUAAAUCUUUCUGAAGCUUGGGUGGCUGGUUCACAUAUUAGGCACUCAUUAAUUGAUAAGAUGAACAAGGCAGAUGAAAACCAUUGUGAUUCUAGUUGUUUAAGUACUUCUGAUAUGGAACUCUCAUCGACUGAGGCCAAAUCUAGCUCUGUAAUUGCCACCCCAAGCCGUGGUCGCUUGUGGUGCAUUGGUAGAGAGGCAUGUAAAAGUGCGUCUCCUCAAAAUUCCCCAUAGUGGCUUUGAGUAGCUGGCUCAAUGUAAAUGUUAAUUGUUGUUAUUACCAUGUGAGCGGUAUGAACAGAAGCAAAUUGACAGGUUUACCUUCUCAUAAAUUUUGGGUGUUUUUGUUACCUGGGAAUUUUAUGUUGAGCUUCAACAAGUGUAAUACUGGUGUAAAUUAAAAUUUUAAAGAAAAUAAACGAUGAUCAUUUUUAUU